CCCGCUGAUUCUGAUGACGUACACCACAGUCCAGCAAGUUGACAGAUCAACUACGCGUUUACUCAAUGCAAAUAACACCAAAAUAACCACGUUUUCACGUGUUAGUUGAUAUUUGUAUUUGUGUUAGACAUGAACUGAAUGUAGAAUAUUUGAACUGGAAGUAUUCUAUAGAUGUUAGGCCGUGGUUUCCUGAUCAAAAUGUCGUUUCUUAUGGAUUCAGUGAUCAUGUUCACUUUACAGGUGCUGUUCUUUGGCUUUGGGUGGCUGUUCUUCGUGCGGCAGCUGUUCAAAGACUAUGAGGUACGGCAGUAUGUGGUCCAGGUGGUGUUCUCCAUCACCUUUGCCUUCUCCUGCACCAUGUUUGAGCUUAUCAUCUUUGAGAUACUGGGUGCCCUAGAAACUAGUUCCAGGUAUUUCCACUGGAAGUUCAACCUGUAUGUGAUUCUACUGGUUCUAAUUUUCGUGGUGCCAUUUUACAUCGGCUACUUUGUCGUCAGCAACAUCCGCCUGUUGCAGAGACAGAAGUUGCUCUUUGCCUGUGUCGUCUGGUUUACCUUCAUGUAUUUCUUCUGGAAGUUGGGGGACCCUUUCCCCAUUCUCAGUCCCAAACACGGUAUCCUGUCCAUUGAGCAGCUGAUCAGUCUAGUUGGGGUCAUAGGGGUCACUCUGAUGGCUCUACUAUCUGGCUUUGGUGCUGUCAACUGCCCUUACACCUACAUGUCCUACUUCCUACGGAAUGAGCGGAUUGAAUACUCCAAGACAUUCCAGGGGAAAUACUUCAACUUCCUGGGUUAUUUCUUCUCUAUCUACUGUGUGUGGAAAAUCUUUAUGGCCACCAUUAACAUUGUAUUUGACCGUGUUGGGAAGACUGAUCCAGUGACAAGAGGAAUUGAGAUCACUGUUAACUACCUAGGCAUUCAGUUUGAUGUAAAGUUCUGGUCUCAGCACAUCUCCUUCAUCCUGGUGGGCAUCAUCAUCGUCACCUCUAUUAGAGGCCUUCUCAUCACACUCACCAAGUUCUUCUAUGCCAUCUCCAGCAGCAAGUCCUCCAAUGUUAUAGUGCUGGUCCUAGCUCAGAUCAUGGGGAUGUACAUUGUCUCGUCCGUUCUCCUCAUGAGGAUGAGCAUGCCUCGGGAGUAUCGCUCUAUCGUGACCGAGGUGCUGGGCGAGCUGCAGUUCAACUUCUACCACCGAUGGUUCGACGUCAUCUUCCUCGUCAGUGCCCUCUCCAGCAUCCUUUUCCUCUACCUCGCCCACAAACAGGCACCCGAGAAGCACGUGACCCCCUGACCCCACUUUGAACUUGACCCUUUACCUGGAUGCUCAGGGGGUGUCCACAACUGAACUUUGAGUCUGUGGGAUUUAGAUGUUAUUUUUUUAUAUUUUUUUUCUCUGGUCCGUCUGUGUGGUGGAGAGAAGAAGAGGUUUGGCCUGUGUUUCCUGAAUCAGGAAGGGUCGAUGCGUCGCCAUGUGGACCAUUGGUGUCGGGGGGGAAUCAAUGGAGGGGAAUAGGAGCCAUGGAAGACUGGAAGGCUGGACUAAUGUUGGGUUUGAACGUUGGGGGGUAAUGACUAAAACAAUGUAGCUAACGAUAGGAAUGUGCCAUUGUGCUGUUGGCCCGUUGGACAGAGGUUCUGUCUAGCCUUAAAUUAAUCUGACCACAGGAGAACUACAUAGUAUACAGCACAGACCAGCUUCACUGCAACACUAGCUUUGUUGUAUGAAGGGGUUGUAAAGACCAUCAAUACCUGAAGUUUACACUCUAUUUUUGACAAACAGAAUAAUCAGAAUUAUAGAAGAAAUGUGUCCCCCAAUGUCCAUGAUGCUAUUGGCUAGCAUAUUUCAUGGUGCCCAGUCUGUACAUGUCAUGUACCUGGGGUUGUUUGUUGGUGAAUGUGUGUGAAUAUCUACUGUAGUCUACUGUGCUUUCACACAGGUGGGAAGGCUUCAGAAUAAACCAAUUUAUGUGGCUAAUAAUUGGUUAGUUAUUAGUUACUAGGUUCCCUUUAUUUUAAGUACUGCAAUGCCACUAUAAAUAUAACAGUUAAGCAGAAAAUAACUGAAUAAUGACUUACAGACACAGAUCUGGGACUGGAUACUUUAUCUUUGUGAGAGCAGUAUUUGACAUCUGAGCAGAAAGACACAAUGGCUCUUUGGAUACGCUAAAAUAAAACAGAUUUACUUAAUAAAUGACAAUAAUUUAAAUGCUAUCUAAAAGACAGCUUUAUGAUUAAGAUGUAGCCUAUGUCACUAUAUGGUUUUUGUUAUAGUAUUACACAUUGAACUGGUAUUACUAGUGUUCUCGGUCUACAUUGAACUGGUAUUACUAGUGUUCUCGUCUAUAUUGAACUGGUAUUACUAGUGUUCUCGGUCUAUAUUGAACUGGUAUUACUAGUGUUCUCGGUCUAUAUUGAACUGGUAUUACUAGUGUUCUCUGUCUACAUUGCAGGUGCUUGUAAUAAGAUCAUAUGAAUCCAUAAGCUUGUUUGGUAUCAGUGGCAUCUAACUGAUCAAUGCAAUUAUACAUCAAUAAACACAUAGCUAUUUAUUACUAUUUUAAA